UUCCUUUCCCUCGUUCGAGCUCCAGGAUGUCUCUCUGACUCCCUAACCGUUCCUCCCCCGUGAUAUGAUCCAGAUCGAGCACAUCCUUGGUGCAGUCGGAGCUCCUAGCGCCAAUCCCCCCCUCUCCGGAUAGUCCUCGUACCCUCGUUAUCGCCCUACGUCUUCGAGUCUGACCCCGAUCCGAGAAUCUCAUUGAGCUCCAACUGCUGUGCGGUGGACUGCGCCUUUCAUUCUUGAGGACUCGGGUUGUUCGGCCAUUGCUGCCAUGUCGAAUCCUACGCAGCCUUUCGACUCUCGGCGGGCGACAAGCUACGGUCGACCUGAGGAGCUCCAUAUUCCAUCUGCGGGCCCCAAUCUGCAGCGACAAUCGAUGUCUCACGAAUACCCCGCCGGUCAAGACAACCCUGUCCCUUCUAUCAACGUUCAUUCAUUGGGGUCACAACCGGGUCAGUAUGGUGGUGGUGGAAGCAGCGGCGCGAGCGGAGUACUCCCGGGAGCGCUUCAGCCGGGCAACGUCAACCGUCCACCUGCAGUAUCAGUCAACACUGCACCUUCGGCGCUACCAACCCUACCAGAGCUGAAUACCCCAAUGCAGCCAACAUCACAAUCAGGACAACAGCCACCGUCUGCGCAACAACAGCAAACGCCGCAACAGCAGCAGCCGAAUGCCCGCGCCAGUAUGGUCAACUCUCACGGGCAUUCUAGAUCCAGCCCAGCAGGGUUUGAGCAGCCAAAAUACAGACAGCCAGGCUCCUCUCCUGGCUCUGCAUAUCCUCCCCAUACUCCCCAGGGUACAAAAUACUCGCCGUUGGGUCUAGCCGACAUCCGACCGACAGGAGACCUUCUGGGUGACCCAAUCACCAGCUCCGGAAUGGCACCGUUCAACGGGGAUAAUCCGGUACCUACCAAUAGCAACUACAUUGCUCCUUGGCCCAUAUAUUCUAUGGAUUGGUGUAAAUGGCCUAUUACGGGGAGCUCCAGCUCGUUCGGGGGCAAAAUCGCCUUGGGAAGCUACCUAGAGGACAACCACAACUACAUACAAAUUAUAGAUACUCAUUGGACACAACCAGACCCGGAUACGCCGGACGCUGCUGCGGGGGAAAUUAAACUCGACUAUGUGAAGACCGCAGAGGCCACCCAUUCGUAUCCAGUAACACGGAUCCUCUGGGAGCCGCCAUCAUCUCAGAAACAGUCUACCGAUCUGUUGGCCACAUCUGGUGAUCAUCUGCGAUUAUGGUCGCUGCCAACGGCGCAACCCGUACCAAGCUCCAACUCCAUUACGCGGUCGGCCAGCCAACACGCACCGACAGCGAAACUGUCGCCGCUGGCUUUGCUCUCAAAUUCCAAGUCACCCGAGCAUACCGCUCCAAUCACCUCAUUGGACUGGAAUACAAUUUCCCCCAGUCUGAUCAUUACCUCCAGUAUCGAUACCACCUGCACGAUCUGGGAUAUUCCCACCCUUACCGCCAAGACACAGCUGAUCGCACAUGACAAAGAGGUAUACGAUGUUCGAUUCUGUGCGAAUAGCGUGGACGUCUUUGUCAGCUGUGGCGCUGAUGGUAGUGUGCGCAUGUUCGAUCUCCGCAGCCUAGAUUAUAGUUCUAUCAUCUACGCGCCCACCGAGAAGCAUGAGAAGGUCCCCACUCCGGGCAAUGGCAGUCCUUCUGGGCAAGCCCAGCCCGUAUGGCCCCCGCCUCUACUACGCAUCGCUGCAUCGCCCCAUGAUUCCCACCUUCUUGCCACUUUCUCGCAAGAUUCCAACAUUGUCCGGGUUCUAGACGUCCGGCAGCCUGGACAGGCUCUUCUUGAACUGAAGGGCCACGGCUCUUCCAUCAACUGCGUUGAGUGGUCGCCCAACCGCCGCGGAGUCCUGGCUUCUGGUGCGGACGACUGCUUCGUACUUCUGUGGGACCUCAUCAACCAGCACAAUGCGGCUCCUGUGCCUCCCAUGCCUCCCGUCCCGCACAAUGCGGGCACGCCCGCGACACCCAGUGAGCGAGGUCCAGCCGCCGUGUGGCUCUGCGACAACGAAGUGUCGAACAUUAGCUGGUCGCCGCAGGGCGGUACCACGCCUGCCGGGCAUCCGCGCGACUGGCUCGGGGUCUGCGGUGGACGUGGACUAUGGGGAGUGGCACUGUAGCGCCAUGGAGAAAAGCACCCUUAGACGACAUGUUUUCCAUCUUAUACUACACCAUCGUCUCGCGUUGAUGUGUUUUCUUUUUUUCUUUUUUGUCGUUACUUUUUCUUUGAAUUUUGCUGCCACCUUCGGUAUCCCCCUCACGCUGUAAAGAGACUUUUGGGAUGUUAACUGGCAUGGUAUGAGUGAACGAAUGAAACGAACUAGCGUAUAGUCGAAUGAGUACCUAGGUGUAUUCCAGGGGCACUUGGGUUGUGCUUUUUUUUUUUUCUUCAUACUCGUUUAC